GGCUCAUGUAUAGAAAUUAUAUAUACCCACCUUUCUAGAUUUGGAGGAAUACAUCCAUUAUUCUCUCCUACAAUCUGGAGCCUAAUGAGAUGGAAUACCUUCUUGGUUUUCCCGAAGACCACACCAGGGGAAUCAGCAUGACUGAUAGAUACAAGUCUUUGGGCAAUUCAUUCCAUGUCGACACCGUUGCAUAUCAUCUCUCAGUACUUCGUGACAUGUUUCCAUAUGGCAUGAAUGUCCUUUCCUUGUUCUCUGGCAUUGGAGGAGCAGAGGUAGCUCUCCACAGGCUCGGAAUACACAUGAAGACGGUUGUUUCAGUGGAGAUAUCUGAGGUGAACAGGUUCAUCUUGAGGAGCUGGUGGGAUCAAACCCAAACGGGCAAUCUGAUUGAGAUUGCUGAUGUUCAGAGCCUGACUUCCGAGAGGCUGGAGUCAUACAUCAAGAGGAUUCGUGGUUUUGACCUCGUUAUUGGCGGCAGCCCCUGCAACAAUCUUGCAGGGCGCAAUCGGUUCCACCGUGAUGGCUUGGAUGGUGAGCAUUGUUCCCUCUUCUACCGUUAUGCUAGGAUCUUGGACACUGUAAAGUCAAUCAUGGACAGAAUGUAGAAGAUCAUUGCAGUCUAGGAUCUGCUGGUUUUGUGGGGUAUUCGUUGGAGCAUUGACUGCCCUAAUUUCAUGGUUGCAACUGGUUCAGCAGCCGAUACCAUCAUAUGAUCUUGGUCUGUUUGGUUUCUUUGGGUUAUGACCAGGUCAUGGCUAAAUCUUCCUGCUAAUCAUGCCCUGACUGGCUUUCAGAUGUUAUUUGUGGUAAUUUCUGCCCAGUAAGUUCUGGCUGAGCUGUUAAUUGUGAUAAUUUCUGUCCAUUGACUCUGAGCUGUUAUGAAAAUGGACACGAGAAGGAAUUUUUAGCAAGACAA